CUCUCCGCUCCUCUCGGCUCCGCGAUGGGAAAAGUUGGCGCCGGCGGCGGCUCCCCAGCCGGGCUGAGCGCGCUUCUCGCUGGUGCGGGGCUCUUGGUCCUCUGGGCCCCGGGCGCCUGCGGCGGCGGCUCCUGCUGCCCCUCGCCGCACCCCGGCUCGUCUCCGCACUGGGCCCCAACCCCAGGGGGCUUCCCUCCCAAGGGGCCGCGAAGCAAGGCUCCUGCCACGCCCCUACCCUUCCUUGGGCGCCCCCUGUUCGUAGUGGCCCCCGGGGACAGAGCGCUUGCCCUGGAGCGAGCCCGGGGCACCGCGUUGUCCGUGGAGGGUGCUACGCGUUCGGGCCGAAAGAGACGGAGCGGAGCGGAUCCGGAGCUGGCUGAACGCGGAGAAGCAGCGAGUAAGAGUCCCCGGGGAGCGCUCGGGGACGGAGGGCAGCAGGAACCUGCGAGUCAGGAGCGGGAUCCGGACAAAGCUACCCGCUUCCGGACGGAGGAGCUGAGACUGACCAGCACCACGUUUGCGCUGACCGGCGACUCGGCGCACAACCAAGCCAUGGUCCACUGGUCUGGCCACAACAGCAGCGUGAUUCUCAUUUUGACGAAGCUCUAUGACUACAACCUGGGGAGCAUCACUGAGAGCUCGCUGUGGAGGUCAACUGAUUAUGGGACAACCUAUGAGAAGCUGAAUGAUAAAGUUGGGUUGAAGACAAUUCUGAGCUAUCUGUAUGUCUGUCCUACCAACAAGCGGAAGAUUAUGUUACUCACAGAUCCGGAGAUUGAGAGCAGCUUGUUGAUCAGCUCAGACGAAGGAGCAACCUAUCAAAAGUACCGGCUGAACUUCUACAUCCAGAGCUUGCUUUUCCACCCCAAGCAAGAAGACUGGAUUCUGGCCUACAGUCAGGACCAAAAGUUAUACAGCUCUGCUGAAUUUGGCAGGAGGUGGCAGCUUAUCCAGGAAGGGGUCGUACCGAACCGAUUUUACUGGUCUGUGAUGGGGUCGAACAAGGAGCCAGACCUUGUGCAUCUCGAGGCCAGAACUGUGGAUGGCCAUUCCCAAUACCUAACUUGCCGAAUGCAAAACUGCACAGAGGCCAACAGAAAUAAACCUUUCCCGGGCUACAUUGACCCAGACUCUUUGAUUGUCCAGGAUGAUUACGUGUUCGUUCAGCUGACAUCAGGAGGACGGCCACAUUACUACGUGUCUUACCGAAGGAAUGUAUUUGCCCAAAUGAAGCUGCCCAAAUAUGCUUUGCCCAAGGACAUGCAUGUCAUCAGCACGGAUGAGAAUCAAGUGUUUGCAGCUGUUCAAGAAUGGAACCAGAAUGAUACAUACAACCUCUAUAUCUCAGAUACCCGUGGUGUCUACUUCACCCUGGCUUUGGAAAAUGUCCAGAGCAGCAGAGGCCCCGAGGGCAACGUCAUGAUAGACCUUUAUGAGGUAGCAGGGAUAAAGGGAAUGUUCUUGGCUAACAAGAAGAUUGACAACCAAGUGAAGACUUUCAUCACAUAUAACAAAGGCAGAGACUGGCGUUUGCUGCAGGCACCAGACACGGAUCUAAGGGGGGACCCUGUGCACUGCUUGCUGCCCUACUGUUCACUCCACCUCCAUCUGAAGGUCUCAGAGAAUCCCUACACAUCAGGGAUCAUUGCCAGUCGAGACACAGCUCCAAGCAUCAUAGUGGCUUCAGGUAACAUAGGCUCCGAAUUGUCAGACAGUGAUAUCAGCAUGUUUGUCUCUUCAGAUGCAGGAAACACUUGGAGGCAGAUAUUUGAAGAAGAGCACAGUGUUUUGUACCUGGAUCAAGGUGGAGUCCUGGUUGCUAUGAAACACACAUCUCUCCCGAUUCGACAUCUCUGGUUGAGUUUUGAUGAAGGGAGAUCUUGGAGCAAAUACAGCUUCACAUCUAUUCCACUUUUUGUGGAUGGGGUUCUGGGUGAGCCUGGGGAGGAGACACUAAUCAUGACAGUGUUUGGACACUUCAGCCACCGCUCUGAAUGGCAGCUGGUCAAGGUGGACUACAAGUCCAUUUUCGAUAGACGAUGUGCCGAGGAGGACUACAGACCCUGGCAGCUGCACAGCCAGGGGGAGGCAUGCAUCAUGGGAGCAAAAAGGAUAUAUAAGAAGCGAAAAUCAGAGCGGAAAUGUAUGCAAGGAAAAUAUGCAGGAGCUAUGGAAUCUGAACCCUGUGUCUGCACGGAGGCUGAUUUUGACUGCGACUAUGGUUAUGAGCGACACAGCAAUGGUCAGUGCCUGCCAGCAUUUUGGUUCAAUCCAUCCUCCCUAUCAAAGGAUUGCAGCUUGGGCCAGAGUUACCUCAAUAGUACUGGUUAUAGGAAGGUGGUUUCCAAUAACUGCACUGAUGGAGUAAGAGAACAGUAUACUGCCAAACCACAGAAGUGUCCAGGGAAGGCCCCACGGGGGCUCCGGAUCGUCACUGCUGAUGGAAAGCUGACUGCAGAACAAGGGCACAAUGUCACUCUCAUGGUGCAUCUAGAGGAGGGCGACGUGCAGAGGACACUUAUCCAAGUGGACUUUGGUGAUGGCAUUGCAGUGUCUUACGUCAACCUCAGCUCCAUGGAAGAUGGCAUCAAACAUGUCUAUCAGAAUGUGGGCAUUUUCCGAGUGACCGUGCAGGUGGACAACAGUCUGGGGUCUGACAACGCCGUCCUGUACUUACAUGUAACUUGUCCCCUGGAGCACGUGCACCUGUCUCUUCCUUUUGUCACCACAAAGAACAAAGAGGUCAACGCAACUGCAGUGCUAUGGCCCAGCCAAGUGGGAACCCUCACUUAUGUGUGGUGGAAAGGAAACAACACGGAGCCCCUGAUCACCUUGGAGGGAAGCAUAUCAGUUAAGUUUCUCUCUGAAGGGAUGAACACCAUCACAGUGCAGGUCUCUGCUGGGAAUGCCAUCCUGCAGGACACGAAGACCAUUGCGGUGUAUGAGGAAUUCCGGUCCCUUCGCCUGUCCUUUUCUCCAAACCUAGACGACUACAACCCAGACAUCCCUGAGUGGAGGCGGGACAUCAGCCGAGUCAUCAGAAAAUCCCUGGUGGAAGCGACAGGGGUCCCAGACCAGCACAUCUUGGUGGCAGUGCUUCCUGGUCUGCCCACUGCUGCGGAGGUCUUUGUCUUACCAUAUCAGGACCCGGCAGGAGAAAGCAAAAGGUCGGCCGAGGACUUGGAGCAGAUAUCAGAACUACUGAUCCACAAGCUCAAUCAAAACUUGGUGCACUUUGAGCUGAAGCCCGGGGUCCAAAUCCUUGUCCACGCAGCUCACUUAACAGCAGCCCCACUGGUGGACCUCACUCCAACCCACAGUGGAUCAGCCAUGCUGAUGCUGCUCUCAGUGGUGUUUGUGGGGCUGGCAGUGUUCAUCAUCUACAAGUUCAAAAGGAGAGUAGCUUUACCCUCCCCUCCCUCCCCUUCUACUCAACCGGGUGACUCAUCUCUCCGAUUGCAAAGAGCAAGACACGCCACUCCACCUUCAACGCCAAAGCGGGGAUCUGCUGGGCCACACUUUGCAAUUUAAGGAAAGCCCCCAAAGGCUACGGGCGACCUACUGAUCAGGAGAGAAUUUCGCUCUUGUCAAGUGCACCAACCUUCAUGACAACUAACUUUAUGUUUUUUUUUUUUUUUUUUCCUUUUCUUUCCUUUGUUGUUCUGUUUCCUAUUUUGCCAGGAAGUAUUUCCAUAGUUGCUGAGAAUCAAAGCACAAAAGAAAUCCCUACCUAUGUAAAUGUUUGAAUGGAGGACGCCAGUAAAAAAAAAAAAAUAAUAAUAAUAAUAAAAUAAAAACAAUCAAAAUCCAAAAACAAACAAACAAACACUCACUGCAUCGGGACUUUUUAAUUCUUCAGACACAGACAACAAGGGUUUUUAGCUUUAAGCCUGUGCAUGUGGACAAUAACUUGAGAACAUGUUCGGAGGGGCAGUGUACAGGUGCUCUCUUUUAUUGGAAAACACUCCCCUCCCCAUUUCUUCUUCUCUCUCUUUUUUCUGAUCGGUCGUGUUUGUAGAAAAUUCAUAACUAUAUUAUAGGCCAAGGAAAUCUGCAUGAGUUUUUGGAAAUACUCUUGGCUCUAGAUUUAACAGCUAUUUUAGCACUACUGGCUAAUGGGUGGAUUAGCUGCCCUAGCUCAUUUCGUAAGACAUGAAGACAUGCACAGGAGUAUGAAACCCUGAGCUGUUUCUCUGGUCCAAUUCCCUUAUUGCCAUUUCCCUCGCAAGCUGACUUGACUUUGGUAGCUCUGGUGGUCAGGAGUGGCCACAGGCUACAUUCUGUAUAAUGUGCAGCCACAGGGACAAAGAAGGGAGGUGGAAAUCCAUGUCUGCAGGUCGAACAGGAAGGUAGAAAGGAGGGCAGACAGACAGGGAGGCAAGCAUGUCAGCUAAUGGACCUUUGUUACCUGUUCGUCUCUUCCCAUGUGGCUGCUUCCCCUUGCAGCUUUCCCUACUUCUUCCCCAACUUAUGUAGAAAAUGGAAUCCCAUUACCCAUUGUCUUGCCAUUCCAUUUUGCCAUCCAUGUGUG